GGGGAGACUGUGAGAGACGUAAACUGGGUGAGUGAGAGAGGUAGAGAGCACGCGAGGGAGGGAAGAGAGGGCGAAAGAAACACACCGUGCUUACUUUGUAGCGGCCGAUAGCCACCUGACAGUUUGCAGAUGCCGACAGAUGUGCCCCAAGACAGGCUCAACAACGAGGACAAUGCGACUAAGUGUGACAGUAUGACUCUGUCCAGCACCCCAAAUGUUCGCAGAGGAAGUACUCCUCUGCCAAUUAAGCACCAGCUCAGGCGUGAAGAAGCCGUCCAUGAUGACUGCGACUGGACAUCAGGUGCAGCGGGACCUUCUGCUUCACCAAUCAGUUUCAGCCCUGCCAUGGAUGACACCCUGGCUGUGGCUUUGGAGGGCAGACACGACGGGCCCUUAAGGAUCGCCCUGCUGGGGCAGAACGGCGUCGGGAAGUCGUCUCUGGCCAUCGCCCUCGCCGGGGACAUGGACAGGACUGCGUCGGUGGAUUCCGACGGGGAGGGUUAUGUGCGCACAGUCACAGUGGAUGAUGAGGACAGCACCAUCAUUAUCUAUGACAACUGGAGACAGGACCUGUCGGCUCUGCAGUGCGAGGUGUGCGUCCUGGUGUUUUCAGUGACUGACAGGCGCAGUUUUCACCGCACUGCCCAACUCCGACUCCUCCUGAGAGAGACUCAGCCCCAAACUCCCAUUAUCCUCGUCGGUAAUAAGUCUGACCUCGUUCGCAGGCGUGAAGUCACCGCUCAAGAGGCCGUGUCGAGCGCCGCACUCUUUAACUGCCUGUAUCUGGAGAUCUCUGCCUCCCUGGAUCACCGUACCCCAGAGCUUCUGGAUUGCGCAGUGCGACUAGCCAGGGGCCAGCCCCCCUGGCCUCCGGGCAGCAGCGCGGAAGACAUGAGCGGAGGGGGCCAACGUGAAAGCAUCACCUCACGUGCCAAACGUUUCCUGUCCAGCCUGGUGCCCCGCUACCCACGGGAGCGAGAAGCGGGCAAGUUCCUCAGGCAGAAGUCUCGCUCGUGCCACGACCUGGGGGCGCUGUGAUCACCCACCGGCAGGAGUUUAAUGGUUAGGUUGUGAGCAGAGAUAGCUGUAAGUAAUGUAGUGUACCAACAAAGAGAGGAAGAGGGAGUGAUACAGCAAUUAGUGGAGGGGAGAGGAGGAUCCGGAGUAAUAACAGGACGGUGGUGGGGGGUGAUCAUCGCAUCCAGCAGAGGGAAACAGCCACAGUGACAACAAAAGUUAGUGAUGAUGUUUACUGAUUAGAUUAGGUGAAAUUUUGUACACAACACGGAAAAAGGAAAAAAAUGAAAUACUGUUGUAGAAAACGUGUAAAUAAUCUGUAGUAGUGAUACUUAAUUGCCGCCCGCAUAGCUUUGAGAGCAAAUAAAAUGCCUUUUUGAGUCUGGAGAAUAAAACGUAUUGAUGUUAUUA